AUGCCUCCUAAAACCCGAGGAACUAAAGUUUCUAAAGCUACAAAAGAGAAUCAUUGUGUUUUGCAAUCUAGGAAGGCAAAAGAUGGUGGCCAAAAUGUUAAACCAACAAGAAAAGCUUUAGCUGAUAAAACAAAUUCUGCAUCAGACGACAACACUUCUAUACUUGCUGAAAAUCUUCCCAAAAAGUCAACUUCUACAGAGUCCAAAAAUCAAAAUGAACUAAAUGAUUUAAGACCACGUCGCGUUAAAAAGCUUCCCAAUCGUUACAUUGAAAAUAUAUUACUUAAUGAUGCCCCCAUUAGCAAAGACAGUCGUAAUUAUAAAUCUAACGAUAAUUUAAAUUCUGGCCCCAAAUACAAGUCACCUGAAACAAAAAAGCAACCUAUUCUAGUUACAACCCCAUUAAAAACGAACGUCUUGGAUAACAGCUUGGUAAAUAAUCGUCCCAAACGAAUUUGCAGGUUACCAAGUAAGUUUGAUGACCAUUCCAUUAGUCCUAAUAAAUUUAUACCUGUAAAACCUAUCAAUGCCAGUACUCCCUUAGCAAAUAAGGCUAAAAUAAUAAGUAAAGAAAGUAUAAAUAAAGUGCAAACUAAAACAACAAAGACAAAAUCAGCAUUACAAAAAGCAACACAAUCUGAAACAGCUAGUAAGCAAAAAACAAUAAAAAAUUAUUUUAACAAUAAAUCAGCAGCAGAUACAAAUAAUAAUGCAAAACAAAAGGAACAUGAGAAUAAAUUUUCAUAUAAAAAGUGUGAUUUAAAAAUUUUAGACAAGGGUAAUUCUGAAGAUAUUAAAAAUAACAAAAAACCAAUUAAAAGAGGUUCAAGUAAAAUUGAUGUUUAUGAAUUCACUUAUGAUCCAAAUGAAGAACCACCUCCUGUAAAGAAGAAAAGGAAAAAAACAGUUAAAAAACCUACUAAACCCAAGAUUGAAUCUGUUAAGAGUAAUUAUGAUAGGAAUUUAGCUAAGGCCUUAGCGGCUUUAAAGAAUACAGUCUCUAUGAAACAAUCUAAACCGGAAGAGAUACAAAAGAAUAAGUCAAACAUAAAUAGUGAACUUUUGAAGCAAAAUGACGACCCCACUGUUACUUCGAGUAAUAAACCAGAUUCAAAUAUGAAUGAAAGCAUUGCUAAUGAGAAAAAAUAUAAUUCAGUAAGGAUAGAAGAUAUAGCUUUGGCUAUGCAACCUGAUGAUGAUAAUAUCAACUAUUCUCCAGUUAACUCACCAAAUUAUCCUAAAUCUCCAGUUAACUCAAAUUUAGAAAAACCAACUGAUCCACUGAAUUUACAAGAUAUCAGUUUCUUUGAUGAAAAUCCUGCAGCUAGUAGUAGCAUGAAUACUUCUAUCAGGCAACCCGUAGCUAGCCCAUGGAGAGUAGACUUUGAAAGCCUACCCAUAAAGUGGCAAGUGAACACUUAUGUGAAACCUAAUCUGACACCAGCCUUUGAAUGUUCUUUUAUUAAUUUUAAUGAUAGCAAAAAGAAACAUGUAUAUACCAAUAUGGUGCCAGAAGCAAAUGAAUCCCUACCUCAAGUGCUUGAAACUCCUAAUUUAAAGCAAACCAGUAUAAUUUCCUUUAUUCAAGAAGUUGUUGAAAAAAGUGAAAAGAAAAAGAAGAAAAGUAAAGGAACACCAGUCAAAGCUCAUUCUCUAUUUGAAGAUACAAAUGUGUCACUGUUAGAACAAUCAGUAAAUAAUACAAGUGAGAAAUCAAAUGAAAAUAUCGCUCCAACUCAUGAAGUUCCAGUUGAAAAUAUAAGUAAUACUACUUAUUUAUCAACACACAAUGAAAAUGUUGAUGAUAAAAACCAAAAUGAUAAAUCUGAAGAGAACAAUACAUAUUUUGGAUUUGAUGAGUCUGACCAAGAGAAUAUUUCACCUAAAAAGAAAAAUAAAGCUAGAUCCCUACGAGCUAGAACUAGAGGUAUUUUGCAAGAACUAAAUGAACAGAAAGGCCCAAUGCGAGCAAUGAUACCAGUUACUGCAAAAUCAAAACCGACACAAAAUGCUGUAAAUGAAUUAUUUGAUGGAAUGAAAUCAGCAACAGAACCACCAGUUUUUCCCGAAGCAGCUGCAAAUGGUAGCACUAAAGUUACAAUAACCGAACCAACAUUACCAGAAAAUGGGGAAAAUGAUGACUCCCAAUCAGUACAUUUGUUUGAAGAUAUAGAUGUUGUACAUCAUCUCAAGCCCACUCGCAAAAGUUAUGGUAAGCCUAAGAGGGUAGCGUUUCAUAAGAACUCAUUAGAUAGUGACACAAGUCCGAUGAGUGAUCUUGACCAUGCUUCAAGUGACGAGGAUUUAGAUGAUUUGUCAUUUAAAUUGCCUUCUGUAAAACAGAAAAGGAUUAUCAAGAAAAAGAAAACAAAUAAACAGAAAUUAUCCAAGAAGGAAAAAGAAGUAGAAGCUUGGGCCGCAGGCUUCAAUUCCAUGUGUGAAGAGAUUGAGGAGUUUGAUUUAGUAGUAGAA